UAUCUCCUCCCGACCCUAACCCUAAACCCCCCCCCCCCCCCCCACCUCCCCGACCCCCAACCAUCCUUUUGGGGCUGGAAACCAGCCGGGGGUGUGUUGGGGGGGGAAUCCGUCGGAGCCCUUCUCCCGCUCGCCGCUGUAUGAUUUUACGGUUUAAAACUUGGCCGGCCCGCGGUUGAACUUUGAAAGAAAACAAGUCAUUACCGAAGAGAAGCCCUUCCUUCGCCAGGAGGCCGAAUUUCGGAGGGUUUUUUUUAUUCAGGGUCUUUUAUCCCUCCCAUCUCUCUGCCAUGCGGCUCCGGGGGGGGCCUGAGCGAUCCGGCGAGCCGGGCUCCUAGGGGUUUGGAUUUCAGGGAGGCGGCAAAUCGGCGGCAGGUUUUAUCCCCCCCGCUCCAGGAGCCGUCUCCGCCGCCUCUGGUGUUUCACGCAGCUCGGGAGGCUGGAGGGACGAUGGAGACAGGGGGGACCACGCAGGGAUGCUCGGCUUCCUCGGGACGCAAACCCAUCCGGGAGGGUGGAUGGCUCCCGGAUAGCGGCCGCGCUCGGGCGGACUUGUCUGAAAGGGAAUAUUUUUUUUCCCCAGGAAAGGGUAAAUUUGCCUUCUUUACGUUGAAUUUCACGGGCACGAGGGGAGGUCCUCCGGAUGAAUCCUUUCCCAGCCCCUGCUGGGAGAAAUUCCGGCAGUGUCUCCAGGUGAGGACGCUCUUUGUCAGCGGGUUGCCUCUGGACAUCAAGCCCCGGGAACUUUACCUGCUCUUCAGGCCCUUUAAGGGCUACGAAGGGUCUCUCAUCAAACUCACCUCCAAGCAGCCCGUGGGCUUCGUCAGCUUCGACAGCCGCUCCGAGGCGGAGGCGGCCAAAAACGCCCUGAACGGCAUCCGCUUCGACCCCGAGAUCCCCCAGACGCUGCGGCUGGAGUUCGCCAAGGCCAACACCAAGAUGGCCAAGAGCAAGCUGGUGGGCACCCCCAACCCCAGCGCGCCUCUCCCCACCGCCGUACCUCAGUUCAUCGCCCGCGAGCCCUACGAGCUCACAGUGCCUGCACUUUACCCCAGUAGCCCUGAAGUGUGGGGGCCGUACCCUCUGUACCCAGCGGAGUUAGCACCUGCUCUACCUCCUCCUGCUUUCACCUACCCCGCUUCGCUGCACGCCCAGAUGCGCUGGCUCCCUCCCUCCGAGGCUGGUUCUCAGGGCUGGAAGUCCCGUCAGUUCUGCUGAAUGCCGGGUCUCAGGUGUGUGAUGGUGGCCUACAGUCAGUCUUGUGGGUAUUAAUGGAGUCUUCCAAGGCGGCUACUGGGUUGGCGUGCUCUCCGCAAAACCACAGUGUGCUGG